AUGACUUCAUCUGACGAUGCUGUAAGACUUCCUGUCGAGCCCGGGAUUCUGCCCCAGACUUCGAGUCUAGGAUUGUCCUUGCGUUCAAGUGCGCUCGAAUGCGGGAAUCCUUCCCCAGAUGAUCAAGCGUCCACUUCGACCAGUGACGACAUGGCACUUGCUUCAGAGAUUUCAAAAAUAAAUCUCAAUCCCUCAUUGCCGACGGAAAAUUGCCGUGAUGAAAAUGCGGAACAAAAGAUGAAUGAACAUCGAAUCGGAACGAAGCACGGGACGUCGGGCGUUGUGGUCUCCUUGAGGGCCAAUUACAUUAAAUUGGAGGAGACGAAGCUUCAGAGUCUUGUGGAAUAUCGCUUGGAUAUCGUCCCACCCGUGGACUCUCGCGCGAUGCGUAUGAAGAUCUGGCGCGGUGUUCGUGGAAGCCUGGGUCCUAAUUACAAGCUCUACGAUGGCGGCAACAAAGUCAUCACGCUGACCGAGUUGGAAUUGAAUUCUGAUGCGAAACGGGAAUUACAUGCCACGGUGAACGAAACAAUUCAUAAGGUCGUCAUCAAGCAAACGCGGGUCAUUCCGAAGGGUUCCAUCGACGCUUUGGCGAUUUACGGAGUGCUGCUGAAACGUAGUAUGCAGUCGGUGAAUUUGCAGCCAGUCGGAAGCGCCAAAGACAACCAGUUCAUUGACAAGUCGCGUCUCCGGGCAUUUGAGCAGCACAUGACGGAAAUGGCACCCGGGUUCAUCAACGUUGUGCAACAGAGAGAAGACGCACUCAUGCUCAGAAUCUUCCCAUUCCACAAAUUCUUCCGCACCGACACCUGUUACGAUCAAAUGGUCCGCAUUAAAGGCACGUUGAAGGACGAAGAAGAACACCAUUUUGAGCAACGAGUGAGAACCCUGUUGUGUGGCAAUGUCGUCAUGACGCGUUACAAUCACAAGACGUAUCGUGUCGACGAUGUGGAUUUCACGAAAAACCCGACUAGUGUGUGGAACGAGGAAACCCGGGAGACGUACGUGGGAUAUUACAAGAGGAAGUACGACUUGGAGAUCAAGAACUUGACGCAGCCUCUUUUAAUUUCUCGGGCGAAAGCCCGAGAUCGACGCAGAGGAGUCGAAUUUUUGCGCUUGAUACCCGAGGUUUGCAACAUGACAGGGAUAAGCGAGCAGAUGAAGAAGGACUUCCGAACGAUGCAUGACGUGUCGUCCACUUUGAAGCGAAAUCCUGAACAAAUGCGGAAAGAAGUGAGGGAUCUUUUGGAAAAGCUGCGGGAAAAUCCGAGUGUUCAAGAAGAUUUCAAGACGUUCAAUGGCUGA